CGAGGAGCCAGGAAGUAACUGAGAGCCAUGCAGCUCAUGAGACGGAUAAAGUAGCGCGAGCGAGCGUCUGUUGUCAGCAGUCGGGGAUCACACGCGCGAGAGUGAAGAAGAACAACAAGCCAAGUGCAGAUUACUGCCAAAUCUAGUGCAGUACAACUCACGGACCCCACAAGAGGCGAAAUCCGAAGGAGGUUUGACAUUUUAAAGAAUACAAAGCUCACUGCAACAUACUCCAUCAUUAGAAGAAGAGAAGCAGACGGAAGGAAAUAAGAGCGGGGCUUGCGUGUUUCAAAACAACGCUUCACUCUCUUUGCAAGUUUAGACAAAUACAAUUAACACAAUUGAUCAAAUCGCGAUCAAGAUGCCUCGGGUGGUCCCGGAUCAGAGGAGCAAGUUCGAAAACGAGGAGUUCUUCAGGAAACUCAGUCGCGAGUGCGAGAUUAAAUACACCGGUUUCCGCGAUCGGCCACACGAAGAGAGGCAGGCGCGCUUCCAGAACGCGUGCCGUGACGGCCGCUCAGAGAUAGCUUUUGUGGCGAACGGCACCAACCUCUCGCUGCAGUUCUUCCCAGCCAACCUUCAUGGGGAUCAGCGGCAGGCACCCAGCCGAGAAUAUGUGGACUUCGAGCGGGAGACAGGAAAGGUAUAGCUGAAGUCUCCUAUG